AUGCUGCCGCUCAUCGAGGAAGAUGUGCCGGAAUUUCUCAUACAGCGGGAUACAGUUGCUUACUGCAGUCAGUUGCAUGUGAGGAAGACUAAAUCCAGCCUGCUGCUGAGUCGAAACUUGAGGUUCUAUGAGUUUCGCAAGAAGGAGCUAAUGCACCACAUCGAUCUGAGAAGCACUUGCCUCCAAAAGCUUAAAACACAAUUGCAAUCUUAUAGCGGACCCAUAAGCAGUUUCCUGAUACGCGACGAUGUGGCCGAUGUGAGUGGCGAUUCCACCAGCUACAGCAUGUUGCAUGCCGCCGAGGAGCUGCCACUGAGCAUAGGUAAAUUUGUGUGGCUGGGCGAGCAUAUCUAUGUGCUCCUCCGAUGCUGGCAAACGUUGCUCGUGCUGCAGCGUCCAACGGAGCAUGGUGGCAGCUUCAAGCUGAUUGCCCAGCAUGAGAAUGUGGAGAAUUAUCGACUGGUGCGAGGUCCUAUCAAGUAUCAGGCUUAUGUGGAGCUGCAUUUCAACAAUGGCAAGCGACAGCGCACGAAUUUCCAGAGUGCGGAAGAGUGUGCCGCUCCAGGCAGCUCCACGGGCAGCGGCGCCGUCGGCUUUCAGCGUUUGCUGCAACGCGUCCAUGGAGCACGCGCUGAGUUGCACACACAACGCGCCUUGACGCAUCAGGAUUUUGUGCGCGCUCGGGAAUUGCAGGCAUUUGGUGCGCCAGGACAGCGUUCACCUCUGCUGGAGGAGAAGCAGCUGCUGCGUCGCUGUGGCGAUGUCUGGACACGCAUAUGCGGCAGCUGCCUGGUGCUGGGCACCUUGCUCUCCAACAGCGCUGGCAGCAAUCGUCCCAGCGUGUUGCAUGCACUGCGUCCAUUGAUACGUCUGCCCAAUGGCUGUGGCCUCAACUUUACGCAUCGUCUAUACGAGCUGCCAUUGCAGGCGGAUGGCCAGCCGCCGGAGGAUUACGAUGAGCUGGCACAGUUCUGGGCGUGUCAGGAGCAGCACAGCACGAGCAUCAGCUGGCGUCUGCUCACCAACGAUGCACAGUUGCCACCGGAACGCAGUGCUGUGCUGUUGGUGCGUCUGCAGCUGGAGGAUUUGCUGCAGCUGGAGCAACUGCAGCUGCUGGCACUGUACGAGUUGCAUGGCGAGUCCAAGCGUCAGUUGCAGCUGCAGCUAUGCAGCAUUAAUCUGACGGAAUUGCUAGAGCGACCGGAGUUACAUAUGCCCAGCUUUAAGUCGCAGACAAUGCAUCAGGAUUUUCUGGCUGUGAUCAUGACACAAACGGCGCAUUGUCCAUUGCGGCUGCAGUUUGAAUCCUCGACAGAGCAACAGCAAUUCGAGCAGCUGCUGGAGACCAAACUGGGCUUGAGGAGCACAACAGUGCAGCAGGAGCGGCAACCAGCUGUCCAGCUGCUGGAUGAGGACUUUGCCUAUGGCAACAACUGCAGCAGCAGCUCCAACAGCUCUCGGCUGCAUCUGCAGCGCAUCUUUUACAAUCCGCAAACGCAACUGCUGCUGCUCCAUAAUGAUCCCGAGCAGCAUUGGCAUAUCUAUGCCCACAGUCAGUCGGAACUCUGUUUGCUGCUCCGUCGUCUGCUGCGUGAUCUGCUCCAGCUGCACUGUAAUGUCACACAGCUGGAGCGGCACAAGGAUGCCUGCGGUGUACCCGCAAAUGCCGCCUUGCUUUUGGAAUCAGCACUGCGGGAUGAACUCCAGGCCAGAUCCGAGUUAUUGGCACUGCAACCGGCGCACUCUCAACUCUCCGCUCACUCUUUGAAACGUGUCCAUCAACUGGAAAUGGCCAGCGAUUUGCUCUUCACUGUGAUAAACAGCCAAAACCGACCGGAAUCCCUCUAGCUAUCAAUCCAACAAAAAGUGCACUUAGUAGUCGGUUUGAUUGUAAUAUAUUUGAUAUAUAUAUAUUUGUACAAAACUCGCCUUAGGUUAAUAAAAAAAAUUUUUGUAUGUACUUA